UACGCGGGAAAACACGGGGAAAAGUGAAGUGGACAGUAAAUAGAGAAUAAUUGGAGCUUCGGAUAUUCUUACGUUUUCCUUUUUUCUAAUAAUUAUUAUCUUUUCGUUUAGUUAUUUAUAUAUAAUUUAUAGUGAUCGAAGGAGUUGGAAAAGUCUGUAAUCAUGCCUCCAAAACUUGCAAGAGAUUAUAACAAAGAUAGAGAUCAACUCAAAAUGUUUCUCACGGAAUAUUCGAAAAUGGAUGAGAAAACAGGCAAUAAGCAUUUUAAGUAUCGAGAACAAUUAACAAGACUGGCGCAUAGAGAACAAAUUGCCUUAGUUAUUAGUUUGGAUGAUGUUAAGGAUUUUGAUGAUGAACUUGCUGAAGUGAUUGCUUCAAAUGCUAGGCGCUACGUUACCUUACUCUUGAACCUCGUCCAAGAAAUUUUACCCGAUUUUAAAGAAAAAACCAUAACUGCCAAGGAUACUUUAGACAUUUAUAUCGAGCAUCGUUUAAUGAUGGAGGCUCGUAAUCAACAUCCAGGAGAGCAAAGAGAUCCUAGAAAUAAAUAUGCCCCGGAACUUAUGAGACGCUUUGAAAUAUAUUUUGAAAAUUUUAACGAUGCAAAACAAAUGUCGGUAAGGGACAUUAAGGCGACUUACGUGGGACAAUUGGUAACAGUUCGAGGUAUAGUUACUAGAAGUACAGAAGUAAAGCCUUUAAUGGUUGUUUCGACGUAUACCUGCGAUCAAUGUGGCGCAGAAACUUAUCAAACUGUGCAGUCUAUGAGUUUUAUGCCGUUACAGUCUUGCCCUAGCGACGAUUGUCGCGUUAACAAGUCAGGUGGUAGAUUAUACCAGCAAACUAAAGGUUCUAAAUUUAUCAAAUUUCAAGAGAUAAAAGUCCAAGAGCAUAGCGAUCAAGUACCCGUUGGACACAUUCCAAGAAGCUUAACAUUAUUUUGUCGGGGGGAGUUGACUAGGCAAUGUCAGCCAGGCGAUCAUAUUGUGCUCACUGGAAUAUUUUUGCCUCUUAUGAAAACAGGCUUCGUCGCUCGGGAAUCGGCAGGUCUUCUGUGCGAUACUUAUAUGGAUGCCCAUAAAAUCGAAAAUCUAAGCUUGACGAAAGAUGACACUAGCGCCAAUGAAUUGACAGAUGAAGAAAUGGCUAUAUUGGCUCAAGACGAUUUUUAUUCGAAAUUAGCUAGUUCCAUAGCACCAGAAAUAUAUGGCUUGGAGGAUGUUAAAAAGGCGCUUUUGUUACUUUUAGUUGGAGGUACGGACAAAAAGAAGGGUGAUAUUAAAAUAAGAGGGAACAUCAACAUCUGCUUGAUGGGCGAUCCCGGUGUGGCGAAAUCGCAGUUGCUCUCGUUCAUCACUCGACUGUCUCCGCGCUCGCAGUACACGACUGGUCGAGGCUCAUCCGGAGUCGGUCUCACCGCGUCCGUAAUGAAGGAUCCGCUAACCAGCCAGAUGAUCCUCGAGGGUGGAGCUCUCGUGCUCGCCGAUCAGGGCAUCUGCUGUAUCGACGAGUUCGAUAAAAUGGCCGAGACCGACCGUACGGCCAUCCACGAGGUCAUGGAGCAGCAGACUAUUUCCAUCGCCAAGGCCGGUAUAAUGGCGCGGCUUAAUGCCAGGGUUUCCAUUCUCGCGGCUGCCAAUCCUGCUUAUGGACGAUAUAAUCCUAAGAGGUCGGUGGAACAGAAUAUCCAGCUGCCGGCUGCGCUUCUCUCGAGAUUCGAUCUGUUAUGGUUGAUACAGGACAGGGCGGACAGAGACAAUGAUUUGAAACUUGCUCAACAUAUUACAUAUGUCCAUCAGCACGGGCAGCAACCGCCUACUGAAUUCGAAGCUUUGGAUAUGACUUUAAUGAGAAAGUAUAUUCAAAUGUGCAAAUCUAAAGAACCUUACAUGCCAGAAGAAUUAACGGAUUACGUUGUUGAUACGUACGUGGAGAUGAGGCGAGAGGCUCGCAAGAGCCAAGACCAGACCUUCACCUCGGCGCGAAAUCUCCUUGGCGUGCUGCGACUAGCCACGGCCCUCGCCCGACUUCGCCUAUCCGACCAGGUAGAGAAGUACGACGUGCAGGAGGCCCAUCGACUCAUCGAGAUGUCCAAGCACUCGAUCAACUACUCGGACGUGAAGGUAAGCUCGGGCCCGAACCAGAGGAGGAACAAAAUGUACGCGAUCAUCAGGGAGUUGGCGGGCGAGGGCAAAGUCGUCAAGGUUCACGAGAUACUCGAGCGCUGCACCGGCAAGGGCUUCAAGCCCGACGAGAUCAACGACAUGAUCGAGCAGUACGAGGAGCUUAAUGUGUGGCAGGUCAAUCAGGCCAGGACGACUAUUACCCUAGUUUAACGCCACCCUAUAUUAUAUCUUUCGCCGCCGCUCCAGCGCCACUUGCAAUCGAGAAAUGAUUUUGAUUGAUCUAACACGGCGACGUGCUCCCCUCAUUCCCCUCCCCAUU